AUGGGUCUAGAUACCGAUUGCAAGGAAAUAUUCCUAGAUGUUGCAUGCAUAUUGAAAGGUUGGGUGAAAGAAGAAGCAAUCAUAGCACUUGAAAGCCGUGAAUUUCAUGCUAUACAUGGUUUGACUGUUCUUCAGAACAAAUCUCUCAUAACUAUUUCUAAAUAUAGGCGCUUGAAGAUACAUGACCAUAUAGAAGAAAUGGGGAGAUACAUUGUUCGUCGUUCAAACCUUAAUGAGCCUAGAAGACACUCCCGAUUAUGGAUUACGGAGGAAAUUGAARAUAUAUUGGUUAACGAUUUGGGAACUGAAGCAACAUGUAUAGAGCUGUUGGCGACGAAAAGAAAAAAAACUAUUACGAAAGGCCUUAGAAAGAUGGAGAAACUUAGAUUUCUUCACAUGAUCAACUACACAAUAUAUGAAGAACUUGUCAUGCCAUGUAAAUGUCCACAACUUACGUCCAUCGACCUGAGUAGUUCAAAGUUGAGGUCCCUUGACCUUAGGUUGGUUCCGAAUAUCGAGACAUUGAAUCUUCAAGGAUGUUAUAAUUUGGUGGAACUUCGCAUGCACGAUGAAUGUUGCAAACUAAGAACCCUCAGCCUUGGAUGUCCACAGUUGAGGACCUUUGACCUUGGGAUGACUCGAAAUCUUGAGGCUUUGGCUCUUGAUGGGCAUGAUGAUUUGUUACAACUUCUCGUUUCCUUCAGAUGUCAACAACUCAAACACCUCGAACUGAUUAAUUCAAAGUUGAGUACCCUUGAGUUGACCCGUAAUCUCAAGAAGUUGAUUCUUACAUCUUGUGCUUUGGUAGAACUUCACAUCCCCGUUGAAGAUGUAAUGCUCAAAUCUCUGGACAUCAAAGGAUGUUCAAAGUUGAAGAACCUUGACCUUGGGGGAACUCCAAAUCUCGAGAGUUUACAUCUUGAAGAAUGUUCUAGUUUGUUUGAUUGUACAUAUUGGGAAGAUCUACCCUCAUUGAUUGGAAAUGUUGAGAAGCUUAUUUCGGUAGGUUCCUCUUGUGCUUGCACAGACCUUGAGAGUUUUUUCGGAAGCAUUUGUGGUUUACAGCACUUAGGAUACCUUAGACUUGAAUGCGAUAUUCCAGAGGUGCCUAAAGACCUUGACAACUUACAAUGUCUAGAGCAGCUCACUUUGUCGUCUCCUAGUAUUAAAAAUCUUCCUGAUAGCAUUUUAUCGUUGAAACAUCUGAAGUCUCUCAAACUUUAUAACUGGGAGCUUCUUGAGAAGUUACCGGAGGAUCUUGGUCGAUUAGAAUGUUUAGAGGAUCUAUUUUUGAUGUCUGAUAAGAUUAAACAUCUUCCAGAUACCAUUUUUACGUUGAAACAUCUGAAACUUGUCACACUUUUUUGCAAGCUUCUUGAGAAUUUACCGGAGGAUCUUGGUCGAUUAGAAUGUUUAGAGAAGCUAACUUUCAAGUCUAAAAAGAUUAAACAUCUUCCUUAUAGCAUUUGCAAGUUGAAACAUCUGAAAUCUUUCGAACUUUAUUGUGAGCUUCUUGAGAAGUUACCAGAGGAUCUUGACCGAUUAGAAUGUUUGGAGAAGCUAAAUUUCACAUCUAAAAAGAUUAAACAUCUUCCAGAUAGCAUUUCUAUGUUGAAACAUCUGGAAUCUCUAGCAUUUUAUGACUGUGAGCUUCUUGAGAAGUUACCCUGA